CGCCGUCCGCGCGCCGGCAACCGCCCGGGAGGGACGUUAUCCGCUAGGCGUGCUGGUUUCUUUAAAGACCGGGAGGUCACUGCAGUUGGAUGCCCACGACAGCAGGAGCCCUGGAGAAGCCAAGAUGCUGUCCAAGGGAAAGGACAAAAGGAAAGGCAAGACCAAAGGCAAAGACCAGAAAAUGGUGAUAAAACCAGAGGAAUCUGCCGUGGAAAGAGCCAAGGCCAAUGCUGCCCUUUGGGAAGCCAGAUUGGAAAUAACAGAACUGUCUAGGAUUGAGUAUCGUGAUACUUCCCGGAGACUGGCGAAAAGCAAUGAGGAAUUAAAGAAACAGCAGUAUAAAAUGGAGAAAGAUACAAUGUCUGUGUUAAGCUACCUGAAGAAGCAGGAUCAGGAGAAAGAUAAUAUGAUUGACAAAUUGAAACAGCAGUUAACUGAAACAAAGGAAAAAGCCCAAGAAGAGAAGGAAAAAUUGGAAGAAAAGUAUACCAUGCAAAUAAAGGAGCUAGAGGGACAGUUCCAUCAAAAAGCCAAAGAAAUUGGCAUGAUUCAGACAGAACUGAAGACAGUGAGACAAUUUCAAAAGAGAAAAAUCCAAGUGGAGAAAGAAUUAGAGGAUCUGAAGGAGAAUUUAAGGAACACAGAACGCAAACAUCAAGAGACUCUUAGAAGACUAGAAGGCAGAUUUUUUGAAGAAAAGCACCGUCUAGAACAAGAGGCUGAAAAGAAGAUAAUAAUGCUGGCAGAGAGAGCCCACCAUGAAGCUAUUGUGCAACUGAACAAUGCCGGAAGAAAUGUUUUUAAAGAGAAUGUUUAUCUCCAGAAAGCUCUUGCAUACCACCUAAAGGAAGCUGAUGCUCUACAAAAAAGCUCCCAGAAGUUAAAAGAGAGUCACACUGUCCUUUUACAUCAAAAGGAGAUCAAUGACCUGUUAGUUAAGGAGAAGAUUAUGCAGCUUACCCAGCAGAGAACACAAAUCCAAAUUCUUCAGAAGAAGGUAGUAAGCUUGGAGACUGCUCUGAAUUGCAUGACCAGAGAGUUUGAGACUGAAAUUUUAAAACUGCAGCAACAAACAGUGACAGAGAACCAAGCAGGUCAGGUAGAAAUUAACAAGCUGCAUCAACUUCUUCAGAUGAAAGACAGGGAAAUGAAUCGAGUGAAGAAGCUGGCCAAGAACAUACUGGAUGAGAGAACAGAAGUGGAAAGAUUCUUUUUAGAUGCUCUACACCAAGUGAAGCAACAGAUCUUGUUUAGCAGGAAGCAUUAUAAACAGAUAGCACAAGCUGCUUUCAACUUAAAAAUGAGAGCAGCAUGUUCAGGAAAAACAGAAUAUCCCCAAAUCAGAACAUUUGAUGGCAGAGAGCACAGCACCAAUAGUGUGAAUCAGGAUCUUAAAGAGGCUGAGAAAUGGACAGAUAUUCAAGGAAAUGUGGAUAUUGGAGAUUUGACCUGGGAGCAGAAGGAGAAAGUCUUGAGAUUACUCUUCGCAAAAAUGAAUGGUUUUGUUCCCAGGAAAUACAGCCAGAGUGCUAGGCCUCCAGUUCCAGACUAUGUUGUUUGUGAAGAAACAAAGGAAUUUAGGGAUGAAAGUAAGCUUCAAGAUCAAACUUUCAUCACCCAGCAAGUUCCAGUAUCAGACCCUUCAGGUGAAAUGGUGCUACCAACAUUCCAAAAGGACUGCAAGAGUCUGACAUAGAGACCUUCUGAGAAGCACUGAAGAACAUAUGACUGCACAGAAACUGCUCACAGGCCCUAUCUUGCAAAAUUCUUGCUCUUGAAUGUUUAAGAAAACUUCUUAAAGAAAAUAGUAUUUUUUUUUAACUCAAAAGUUAC